AUGCCAACGGCAAAGUGCUAUAAUGCACUAAGUUAUUGGAAGCCAAACAAAGAUGUGAAUGGAAAUGAGACUUUGGUUGACGCAAAUGUAGCGGUCCUAAUCGAUUAUGAAAACGUUGGACUGGACGCGAUCCAACACCUACUUGAUCAACUCUCAGACGUGGGACGCGUUAUAAUCCGCCGUGCUUACGGCGAUUGGUCAGUGCAGCGAGGCAAGCAGGACCAGCUCCUAGAGCUUGGCGUUGAACCGAUCCAUCAGUACCACUCUAACAAGUCGGGGAAAAACUCCAGUGACAUUCGUCUGGCGAUUGAAGCCAUCGACUUGCUCUACAGUUCCCCCAUCGAUACCUUCGUCAUAGUUUCAUCCGACAGCGAUUUCGUCCCUCUUGUGGGGAAACUACGUUCCUCCGGCAAGAGCGUAAUCGUAGCAGGUCGCCGUGAAGCCACUUCACCCACGCUUAUCAAGAGCUGCGACCGCUAUAUAUUCCUGGACCAGGAAAAACGGGUGGCAGCUCCGCUAACGCAGGCACGCCGCCGCUCACCAGGCCGACGGAACGGUAACCAGGCCUCUCAGCCGACCAACGCUGAGGCCGACGCAAAGUCGCUGCUGCUACGCGCGAUUGACGCAUCGAUGGACGAGGCGGGUGAAGUUGUUGGCUCAAAGCUCUACCAGACAAUGCGCCGUAUCGAACCGAGUUUCAACUUCAAGGACAUGGGGUACAGGCUAUUUACGCAGUUUCUGGACGCGCAGGCUGAUGUCAUCGACAUUACUCGUCCCACGGACGGCAGCGGAGAUGUGGUAGUUCAGCUUGCCGGCAGGGACCAGAUAACACCCCCGCCCGUGCGAGCUGACAAUGAAAAUCGCGCCGCGAAGCUUGUUGACCCCAGGGAUGUCGACCAGGAAACUUCUACUCGGCGCAGCUCAGAGGAAAAGCCAAAGGCCAGCCACGCGAAGCCAAACAGAAGGCAAAGCGAGCCCACAGUGCAGUCCGGGCGACGGCUGCUUGGAUCAACUCGACCGCCAGCAUCCAGACCGGCCACGCCUGAACCGGUGGAAGAGAAUCCUGUUGAGGACAAGGUCGAAGAAUUACCUGUUGAGGUUGCAGCGGCCGAGAGCAAAGAUUCGAGGCAAAUUGAAGCGGUGUCCUCCAGCAACGCUGAGCAGAAAGCGGAGAAGCCGGCAAAGAGCAAAGCCGAGACUAAUGGAGUAUCUUCUGCAGGUAUCACUGGGAAGUAG